AUGACGCUUUCAUCUCCUGUAUCCAAGAAGCGGAUUCGUGAAUUGGUGCCGUCUCAGGGUCCACUCAAAUCAACCUGGCAUCGUCAUCCCGACAAGCACGGCUGGGGUGUUUACCACUGGAUGGCUCACCUCCUCGAUUUGGACCCUUUGCCCGCAUCCUCAACAGCAACUGUGCCUGAUCCAAACGACGCUAUUCCGGUCUGGGACACGGCGACCGCUCACUUUUACAUCUGGACUCGUUUCCUGCUUGCGUUCGGACUGCAGUGGUUGUAUACUCGCUAUACACAGCACAACUGGAGUCGCGGUAUCAAUUUGGUCUACUGGGCCACUUAUACUUCUCUUUUCGGGAUCAAUGUCUUACACAGCACUCGUCGUGUCGCUCAAAAGAUCGGCUAUCUCCAACCGCAUCGCAACCGAGAUGGCAUCCCGGACCAUCGCGUUCGCGAAGUGAUGCAGUCGCUGAUCUUUACUGCUUUGCUUCGCCCGGCAGCAGCCACCUGGUUCAUCUACGAUCCUCUUGCAUCACCUUCGCUUUCGGUGUGGCUGCCAUUGCUGAUCCCUGCGUUUGCUAUUGGUGUGGAUUUCUGGUUUUACUGGUAUCAUCGCGCGAUGCACGAGAUCGGCUGGCUAUGGAGAUUCCAUAAGACACACCACCUGGCCAAGCUUCCGACGCCCAUCCUGACGCUCUAUGCUGACUCGGUCCAGGAGCUGUUCGAUAUCCUUGUGAUUCCGAUCCUCUCGUAUUUGACCAUCAGCAUGGUGCUCCCGUUUGGAUAUUACGACUGGAUGGUUUGCUGGUCCUACGUCGAGGUGCUCGAGCUCAUCGGCCAUUCUGGCAUUCGAUGUGCAGGCACAUCUCCGGCGUUUGAUCUGCUCCCUCUCGCAAGAUUGGACAUGGACAUCGUAGUAGAGGAUCAUGAUCUCCACCACUCACAGGGAUGGAAAAAGUCGGGCAACUAUGGCAAGCAGACCAGAAUCUUUGAUCAACUCUUUGGCACUGUCCUCCCGCGCGUAGAGACGCUCAACCAUCUCAUCGAUCCGUCUGCCAAAGUCGCCUUUCCCGCGUACUAG